UCCAGCUUGUGACUUGUGUACACCCUGUACGGCGUUGUUGGCGACAUUCACAGUGACAGCAGUGGACAGGCGCACGUAGGUCCAUGAGUUACAACAAUUACGGCGAUGGAUUGGAUCUGGAGGAGGAGGGGCUCGAUGAGUUUGCCGGGGCAGAAAUCCCGACGAGCCUGAAGGGGCUUCGGGCCUGCAAGCGCUGUUCCCUCGUAAAAGGCAACGACCAGUUCGUGAACCACGGGUGCGAGAACUGCCCGUUCCUUCAGAUGGAGAGCGACCAGGCCCGCGUUCAGGAUUGCACAACCACAUACUUUUCGGGGCUUAUCGCGAUGAUGGACCCUGAGUCCAGCUGGGUAGGGAAGUGGCAACGAAUCAGCGAAUGUCGACCUGGAAUGUACGCGAUCGAGGUUGUGGGCGAGCUCCCGGGGGAGGUGCUCGAGUUCCUGGAGCAGAAGCGCAUCCCGUUCCACUGCAAGCCGCCAGACUCCGCCAAGUAGAGAGAAAUAUCGAGGGGGGGGGGGCAUGGGUACUUGUUUGCAUGCGUGCCCCCGUUUCGCUGGAGCACGUGUGGUGGUUUGGGCGGG